CGGUUUCUCCUGCCUCCCCUCAUGCAUUCCCCUCCCCGGUCCCCAUGUCCUCCCGGUCCCCGUUGUCCCCUCCCAGUCCCCACUGAAAGGAGCGGAGCUCCGGAGGGCAGAGGUGGGGACGGGCCGUGUCACAGCUCCGAGGCGAGCGUAUUCGAUCGAAUUCAGGGCAGAUCUUCCCGCUGGAACACUGCUACUAUUGUUAGGAGAUCUCGUCUGGCUGGGAGCAGGAGGAGCACGUAGGUUCCAACUUCUCCAGCCGGCAGGAUCUCUGCACUGGAUUAAAAGAAAGUCCAGAGCGCUGGAGGGCUGGCUUUGGUGCUCGGGAUAGGCACUGGAUGCGCUGGUACCUGGAGCAGGACAUUGCCGUGGCUUCCCUUCGUACUGCAUGUGCUUCCAGAAUUAAAGUGAACAUAGAGUGACAUCUAAUUGUGACACAGUGGCAUUUAAUGGAAUUAAAUGCUCUAGCGUGACUUCGACUCUUUCCAGCAGUCAUGCUUUUAAAUGAACGCUUCUUCUUGAGAAGAUACAACUUGGUAGAAUAAAUGUGAGGAGAAAUAGAAAGUGUUCAUGGAUCCAGACGCAGCACCUUGCUCUGCUCCCAUUUAUUAAACACAGACAUGCCUCUUCGUUGUAUACUAGAAUCAGAAUUUGAGGUUCAAGUCCCACAUUUUUCAACACUGAGACCCUUUUGUUUGCAUCUUCAACAGCAAAAUAUAGUUUAACAAGUGUUUCAUAAGGUUUGCUGGUCCUCUGAUAUAUUUCAGAAUGCCACUGGUGAAAAGAAACAUAGACCCCAGGCACCUGUGCCACACAGCUCUGCCCCGAGGUAUCAAGAAUGAAUUGGAAUGUGUCACCAAUAUCUCCUUGGCAAAUAUAAUCAGACAACUGAGUAGCCUAAGUAAAUAUGCUGAAGAUAUAUUUGGUGAACUCUUCAAUGAAGCGCACAGUUUCUCAUUUAGAGUCAACUCCUUACAAGAACGUGUAGAUCGCUUAUCUGUCAGCGUUACACAACUUGAUCCAAAGGAAGAGGAAUUGUCACUGCAGGACAUUACAAUGAGGAAAGCUUUCCGGAGUUCCACAAUUCAAGAUCAACAGCUGUUUGACCGCAAAACUUUGCCUAUUCCUUUGCAAGAAACUUAUGACGUUUGUGAACAGCCUCCUCCACUUAACAUUCUCACUCCUUACAGGGAUGAUGGAAAAGAGGGUUUGAAGUUUUAUACCAAUCCUUCAUACUUCUUUGAUCUGUGGAAGGAAAAAAUGUUGCAGGACACUGAGGACAAGAGGAAAGAAAAGAGGAAGCAGAAGCAGAAAAAUCUAGAUCGCCCUCAUGAACCAGAAAAAGUGCCAAGGGCACCUCAUGACAGACGGAGAGAGUGGCAGAAGUUAGCUCAAGGUCCAGAGCUCGCAGAAGAUGAUGCUAACCUCUUACAUAAGCACAUUGAAGUUGCUAAUGGCCCAGCUUCACACUUUGAAUCAAGAUCUCAAGCGUAUGUGGACCAUAUGGAUGGAUCGUAUUCACUUUCUGCAUUGCCCUAUAGCCAAAUGUCUGAACUUCUGAACAGAGCUGAGGAGCGAGUAUUGGUCAGACCACAUGAACCGCCACCGCCACCUCCAAUGCAUGGAACAGCAGAUGUGAAACCUGUGCCUCCGUGUGUUAGUUCUACUACUGGCUUGGCAGAAAAUCGUCCUCAGUCACCAGCAACAGGCAGAACACCAGUGUUUGUGAGCCCCACUCCUCCACCACCACCACCGCCACCUCUUCCAUCUGCUUUGUCAACUUCAUCAUUAAGAGCUGCAAUGACUUCCACUCCUCCACCUCCAGUCCCACCACCCCCACCCCCUCCCACAGCUACUCUGCAGGCCCCAGCUGUGCCACCUCCACCAGCUCCUCUCCAGAUAGCUCCUGGAGUCCUACAUCCAGCUCCACCUCCUAUUGCUCCUCCCCUAGCACAACCAUCUCCUCCUGUCACUAGAGCUGCCCAAGUGUGUGAACCUGUACCUGUUCACCCAGUUCCUCCUCAAGCUGAAGUACAGGGACUUCCUCCACCACCUCCACCUCCUCCCUUGCCUCCUCCUGGCAUUCGACCCUCUUCUCCUGUCACAGUUGCAGCCCUUUCUCACCCUCCUCCUGUUCUGCACGCUCCUCCUACAACCAUUGUUCCUGGCCCUCAUGCCCCGUUAAUGCCUCCAUCUCCACCAUCCCAAGUGAUUCCUGUUUCUGAACCCAAACGCCAUCCAUCAACUCUUCCUGUAAUUAGUGAUGCUAGAAGCGUUCUGCUGGAAGCAAUACGGAAAGGUAUUCAGCUACGCAAAGUUGAAGAGCAGCGUGAACAAGAAGCUAAGCAUGAGCGCAUUGAGAAUGAUGUUGCUACUAUACUUUCUCGUCGCAUUGCUGUGGAAUACAGUGAUUCAGAAGACGAUUCAGAGUUUGAUGAAGUGGAUUGGUUAGAGUAAAUUUAUUACAUUGCUGUAUACUGCAGAAUCGAAUGCUAAUGUCCAUUGUGGUGCUUGUUCUUUGAAAGUUUGAUGGCCAUUUCUAGUGUUUUUGUAUUCUUUUCUUUACAUAAUCAAUCCAUGAUUUUCUACUUUUCAGUUUACAGAAAGCUCCUAGUGCAUCUUUGAAACUAAAUGUUUUACAGUGGCUUUUCUUACACAUCUUUUCUGAAAGAACAUACUUUGUUCCAAUAGACCACUAAGUAUUAAGCAUGGGCAGCUGUUGGUAGAGUAGCAGUUUCAAUUUUUUGGCAUAUCUUAACUGUGCACUUUGUGAAUUUUAAGUUAAUGAAGGCAACUGAGAUUGACAUUCCAAGGGCAGCUGUAUGUACUAAUGAGCCUUAUUCCACUUCUGAUAGUGUUUUAAAACAUUAAACCUAGCUAUCAAGAUAUCACUGCCUCGGUUAUAUCUGUACACUAAAAGUACAUAUAGUUAGCAGCACUGAACACACUGAAAGGAAAAUGGAUCUUUGCUGGGGGGGUGUUGUUGUUUUAUUGUUGUUUUGUUGUUGUUUUAUUGUUGUUUUAUUGUUGUUUUUAAAUAAUUAUGGCCUUAUUUGAAUGUCUAGAGAUUCCCUUUCCCUUCUUCCCUCCCAGGUACAUAUUGUGUGGUACUAUUUUGCCUGCAUAAUAAAAGUUAAAAUUUUUUUCCUUGUGAAAUCUUUUGACUUAAACAUGCUGUGUAACUUAUGUAACUGUUAAAAUAACAGUUUGAUUUAAUAAAUGGUUCA